CCGCGCACGCCGGGACCGGCCCCGCCCGGCCUUGCCCAGCAGCGCUGCCCGGGCCCGGCCCGGCCCCGCCGGCACCAUGCAGGAUCCAAAUAAAGACACGGAGUGGAAUGACAUUCUGCGUAAGAAAGGAAUCCUUCCUCCAAAGGAAAAUGUGGAGGAACAGGAACGGGCAAAGGAAGAGGAGCAGUUUGCCAUCCUUCAGAAAUCUCUGGUGAAAACUUAUGAGGACAUGACUCUGGAAGAGCUGGAAGAGAAUGAAGAUGAAUUUAAUGAGGAAGAUGAGAGAGCUAUUGAAAUGUACAGGCAGCAAAGGUUAGCAGAAAUGAAGGCAGCUCAAAUGAAGAAUAAAUUCGGGGAAGUCUUGGAGAUUUCGGGAAAAGAUUAUGUUCAAGAGGUUACAAAAGCUGGAAAAGGUAUAUGGGUAGUCUUACACCUCUACAAACAAGGAAUUCCACUCUGUGCCUUAAUAAAUCAACAUAUGAGUGGGCUUGCAAAGAAGUUCAGAGAUGUGAAAUUCAUCAAAGCUAUCUCUACCACCUGCAUUCCCAACUACCCUGAUAAGAACCUGCCCACGAUAUUUGUGUACCUGGAGGGAGACAUCAAAGCUCAGUUCAUUGGGCCUUUGGUGUUCGGUGGCAUGAACCUGACAAGGGAUGAAUUGGAGUGGAAGAUUUCUGAGUCGGGUGCCAUCAAGACAGACCUCGAAGAGAACCCCAGGAAGCAGAUCCAGGACCAGCUCAUGUCCUCAAUCAGGGCAUGUGUCCCAGCCAGAGGGGAGAGUGACUCAGAGGAUGACUAAUUCCUGCAUCUGCAGCCAGAUUGAUGCAGUGCACUGGCAGCCAGUGCUCCCACCUCAAGUACUGGAGACACUCCUCAAGGCCUUGCUGAGCCCCAGAAGGGUAGCCUUUCAAGACAUUCAUUCUAGAAACCUCUAGAAACUAAAAACAUUUCUGUUUUUAAAAAAUUGCAGCUUCACUUAAGAUGCUGAAAGACAUUUUGUACAGUGAAGCCUGAGUAAAUCUUACUCAAAGGUUUUAAAAUACAGAUGUGAGUAGAAACAGGUCUCUUGUUAUUAUUUUCAUAGUAAACUGCUACUUCUUAAAAAAAUUUGAAA